AGUUAAUAUGCAGGCGUUAGAGGAGGCACGAGUGCGGGCUGACAAACAUUUGAGAUGGUCGUGCAGUGUUUGAGCGCGAUAUUUUGUACUGAACGGUUCGACGUGUUUACUGCAGUCUAAAUAAUGUCAGAAACAUCUGUCUCAAAUGAGUUGAACAACAACCAGACCGGUGAGAAAACAGACGACGUGACCCCUGAAGCAGUUAAGAAGCAAAAUGAUGGGCACUCAAGUAUCUCUAAAGAGCCACUGGAAACCCAAUCCAAACUCACCUCACAAGACACGUCAGGUAAAGAAAAAACCCCAUCAAACCCUAAUGCUACCAACACUGAAAACAGCAACCCAGAAUCAACAGCUCUCAAUGAAGAAGGCGAGCAACGAAAAUUAAAUGAUCCUGUAACUUCUAAUCUAUCUACUUAUAUAUCAGCCUCAUCUGAACCUGCUCCAAAGAUCAUAGCAGGCACUGCAAACGUCAGAUGCACCGCACCGGUGGUUGUGGGUGCCAGGGUUGUGACAGCUACAAUGUCCACACUAACACCCGGUGUGCAGGGACCAGGGGCUACCAGCUUGGCACUGGUACCUCAGUCUGGAAAGGUCUCUGUGAGCUCUGUGGCCAUGAACCAGCCCAGGGUCACCACCUUGACGCCAGGCAUGACAUUGUCGAGGAUUUCCACACCAUCACAAAAUGUAACUGUGACACGCGCACCCGUGCCAUUGCAGCUGCCUGCCAACUUCCAAGUCCCACAGGGAAUGGUGUUAAUCCGCAGUGACAGUGGGCAGUUGAUGUUGGUAUCCCAGCAGGCUUUGGCCCAAGCACAAGCUCAAGGAAUGCUGCCAAAACCAACUAAUGCCUCUGCUAUAGUUAAACCUUCAGCUACUCAGGCAACUGUAACAGCUGCACCAAUUAUCCGAGUUUCUCUCCCACCUUCAACCACCGCCAGUCUUAAACUUAACCCAACUACAACAACUGUUCAAAAACCGAAGACCACGCCAUUGUGUUUGACAGGAACGACCAUUAUUAAAUCAGCCGGUGUUAUAGGAAGUGCGGUCAAAAAGCCCAGCUCUACCGUGGGGACUGUUAUCAAAGCCAGUCAAAUGACUCCAAACAGGAGCACAGCGAGGGCCUUUAACCAGAGGACUAAUUCUGUCAACGCAGCUACCGUAAUUAAUACCCCUGUAAAGUCCAUGUGCAAAGGUGCUCCAUCCACCCAGGGUAAUGCCCCACGUAUGGUAUGUCCAAACGUGCCAACCAGAUCUGGCACAAAUGCAACCUCAACUCCAGUCAAUGUUACAGCAGAUACCUUGGAGAACGUGAAGAAGUGUAAAAACUUUCUGGUCACUCUUAUGAAACUAGCGUCGAGUGGCACUCGCUCAGCCAACAUGGCUCAAAACGUCAAAGCUCUCGUCAAGAGCCUGCUGGAUGGGAAACUAGAGGCUGAAGAGUUUACUGAAAAACUCUACAUGGAGCUCAGAUCUUCCCCUCAGCCAUAUCUUGUGCCUUUCCUUAAGAGAAGCCUGCCAGCGGUGCGUCAGCUCACCCCAAACUCCCAGCUCUUCAUUCAGCAAUGUGAACAGGUCAAGCCCUCAGAUUCAGCCUCAACCAAAGCUACAACCCAGAAGCCCAUCUCAACCGUCAGCUCCUCCCUCAAAUCCACACAGCCAACGAGAGCUGCUCAGCUGUUGAUCCAGCAACCUAAAGGAGUCAUCGUCAAACAGUCGGUUACAUCUUCACCUCAGGUUGUCCUACCUGCGCAGACGCACUCUCAAUCCAAACAGCUGGUCAUUCAAAGCAACGCUCACCCAAAAGGUGCUGUUGUGCGGUCUUUCCUUCAGGCGUCUAAAACGCACUUUUCUCAGCCGGCCCUGGCAGCACAGGCGCACAGCUUCAAGGACAGCACCCCGGGCUCUUUCCGAGAUGACGACGACAUUAAUGAUGUGGCCUCCAUGGCAGGAGUGAAUGUGAGUGAGGAAAACGCUCGUAUCCUGGCCUCUGGCUCUGAGCUUGUGGGAUCAGUGAUCCGCUCCUGUCAAGAGGAGCCCUUUUUGUUCCCAUCUGCCCUCCAGACACAAGUGCUACACAUAGGCAAUCCCCUAGGUAUCACUGAGGUAUGUCCUGAUGUUGUUGAAUUGCUCUCUCUGGCUACACAAAAGAGACUAAGAGACCUAAUGGAGAAACUCACUGCUGUGGGACAACAUCGCCAAAUCUCCUAUAAGGAUGAUUGGCGCUACAGUCAGACCAAUGACGCGCGCUCUCAGCUGAAGUUCCUGGAGCAGCUGGAGAGACUUGAAAAACAGAGACGAGAGGAAGAAGAGCGGGAAGCAUUGCUCCGUAUCGCCCGGAGUCGCUCCAACAACGAAGACCCAGACCAACAGCGUCUCAAACAGAGAGCAAAAGAGAUGCAGCAGUUGGAGUUGGCACAGAUGGAGCAUAGAGAUGCAAAUUUGGCAGCGCUGGCAGCCCUUGGGCCCCGUAAGAGGAAACCUCUGGAGGCCCCCGGCCCAGGGGCCAACCAGUUGUUAGGUCCAUACGGGCAGUUUGCGAUUCAGAGACCCCCAAUUCGAGUCACUUUGAGAGAUCUGAUUUUCUGCAUGGAGCAAGACGCCACAUUCAGACAAUCUCUCAUGUUAUAUAAAACAUAUUUACAGUAGAUUUACCUAAAAUGUUUCAUUUGGUUUGUGUUUAAAUGGGUGAAAUUUAAUGUCACAAUGUUAAAAUGUGAAUACACUGAUGUUUUGUCAUUAUUGUGAUGUAUAUGUUUAUGUAUAUAUACAUAGCACAACAGGAUUAAAC